UCUCCCCAAAACAGAGGACGACAGCGGAACCAGCGACAGUCACUCCGUCACUAUCCGAGCUUAUCCGCUACGUUUAUAUUUAUUUAAAAAAAAAAACCUAAAACUCGCCUUCACUCGACUUCGCUUCACGAUCCAUUGACCUAGCUCGCGCCCAUGGCGAUCGCAUCGCCUCCUCUCCUCCUCCUCCUCUUCCUUGUCGUCGCAUCCUGCUGCUUCGCCGGUGCAGGAUACGUCGCAUACAACACGUCGGCGGGGAUCGUCGACGGAAAGAUAAACGUCCAUCUGGUUCCCCACACUCACGACGACGUCGGAUGGCUCAAGACCAUAGAUCAGUACUACGUCGGAUCCAACAACUCCAUCCAGGUGGCUUGUGUGCAGAAUGUGCUGGAUUCACUGAUCCCGGCGCUGCUGGCGGAUAAGAAUCGAAAGUUUAUUUAUGUCGAGCAGGCUUUCUUUCAGCGGUGGUGGAGGCAGCAGAGUGAUGCUAUGAAGAAGACGGUGAAGGAGCUUGUGAACUCUGGUCAAUUAGAAUUCAUAAAUGGGGGAAUGUGUAUGCAUGAUGAAGCAGCAGUGCAUUACAUUGACAUGAUCGAUCAGACUACCCUUGGCCACCGAUUUAUCAGGCAAGAAUUUGGUCAAACUCCUAGAAUUGGUUGGCAGAUUGAUCCGUUUGGACAUGCUGCAGUACAAUCCUACUUGCUUGGGGCUGAGGUUGGAUUUGAUGCUCUCUACUUCUCAAGGAUUGAUUACCAAGAUCGAGAAAAGCGAAAAGAUUUGAAGAGUCUUGAAGUUGUAUGGCGUGGUUCUAAAAGCCUUGGGUCAUCUGCUGAUAUUUUUACAGGCAUCUUUCCGAAGAACUACGAACCUCCACCUGGUGGAUUCUAUUUUGAGAUUAAUGAUGCUUCUCCGGUUAUACAGGAUGACCCACUCUUAUUUGAUUACAAUGUUGAAGAGCGUGUGAAUGAUUUUGUUGCUGCAGCUGUAUCACAGGCCAACAUUACCAGAACAAACCACAUUAUGUUCACCAUGGGGACAGAUUUCAAAUACCAAUAUGCGCACACAUGGUUCAGGCAGAUGGAUAAGUUCAUACAUUAUGUCAACCAGGAUGGGCGGAUUAAUGCCCUAUAUUCAACCCCUUCGAUCUAUACAGAUGCGAAGUAUGCAGCAAAAGAGUCUUGGCCUCUCAAGACUGAUGACUUCUUCCCGUAUGCUGAUAAUCCAAAUGCAUAUUGGACGGGUUACUUCACAAGUAGGCCUGCGUUGAAGGGCUAUGUUAGAAUGAUGAGUGGUUAUUAUCUGGCUGCUAGGCAGUUGGAAUUUUUCAAAGGAAGGAAUAGCACAGGCCCCACAACAGACAGUUUGGCUGAUGCUUUAGCUAUUGCACAACACCAUGAUGCUGUCAGUGGAACUGAGAAGCAACAUGUAGCUGAUGAUUAUGCCAAAAGACUUUCAAUUGGUUACACAGAAGCCGAGAAUGUAGUUAAAGUUACACUUGCUUGCUUAACAGAAUCAGUCCUGGAUUCAGGCUGCAGCAAUCCAAAAACAAAGUUUGAACAGUGUCCUCUUCUGAACAUAAGUUAUUGUCCUCCCUCUGAAGUAACCUUGUCGAAUGGAAAGAGCUUGGUCGUUCUUGUUUACAACUCUCUUGGAUGGAAAAGGGAGGAUGUGAUCCGUAUACCUGUUGGCAGUGGAUCUGUUGUUGUCCAUAAUUCUGAUGGAAAAGAAGUUGAAUCUCAGCUUCUACCUCUAGUCAAAGCUUCAGCGGCCAUAAGACGCCGCUACGUCAAGGCAUAUUUAGGCUCAUCUCCUAGCACUACCCCUAAAUUUUGGCUUGUUUUCCCAGUCUCUGUACCACCUGUUGGUUUCAGUACAUACUUAGUCUCUAAUGCAAAGAAGACAGGCUCGUCUGCUGCAGUGUCGACCCUACACUACUCAGAAAGAAGUCCAAACAGCCCUGUAGAAGUUGGACCAGGAGAGUUGAAGCUUUCCUAUAAUGCAGAACAAGGGAAACUAUCUUAUUAUUCAAAUAUUAGAAGCUCGGUGAAAGCAACUAUUGAACAGUCAUAUAGUUAUUAUGUGGGAGAUAAUGGAAGUGGUAUUGAUCCACAGGCUUCUGGAGCAUACAUAUUUCGUCCAAAUGGUACGUUUUCUAUCAAGCCUGAAGGAAAGGUAUGUUUGGUUCUACGAGGGCCACUGUUAGAUGAAGUGCAUCAGCAGAUAAAUCCAUGGAUAUAUCAGAUUACAAGAGCAUACAAGGCAAAGGAACAUGCAGAGAUUGAGUUUAUAGUUGGGCCUAUCCCCAUUGAUGAUGGUAUUGGGAAAGAAGUAGCGACACAGAUUACAACAACCAUGAUAACAAACAAGACGUUCUACACAGAUUCCAGCGGACGUGAUUUUCUUAAAAGGAUUCGGAAUUAUAGAUCUGACUGGGACUUGCAAGUGAACCAACCAGUUGCUGGGAACUAUUACCCUAUUAAUCUUGGAAUUUACAUCCAAGAUGAUAGCAAAGAACUCUCAAUUUUAGUGGAUCGUUCUGUUGGGGGCUCCAGCAUUGUAGAUGGGCAGAUAGAACUGAUGCUACACAGGAGGUUGCUUCAUGAUGAUGGCCGAGGUGUUGCUGAGGCACUUAAUGAAACAGUCUGUGCAAAUGAUGCAUGUGAAGGAUUAACAGCUCAAGGAAAAUUUUAUCUUAGAAUUGAUCCAAUAGGAGAGGGAGCUAAGUGGCGUCGGUCGUAUGGUCAGGAGAUAUAUUCUCCUCUUCUUGUUGCAUUCUCAGAACAGGAUGGAGAUAACUGGGUCAAUUCUCAUGUCGGAAAUUUUUCUGCCAUGGCUCCUUCCUAUAGCUUGCCAGAUAAUGUUGCCUUGCUCACUCUCCAGGCUCUUGAAGAUGGCACAGCUCUUCUACGGUUGGCACACCUUUAUGAGGUUGGGGAAGAUAAGGAUCUGUCAACGAUGGCUAGUGUAGAACUUAAAAAGGUUUUCCCCGGCAAAAAGAUUAGUAAGAUAACUGAAAUGAAUUUGUCCGCCAACCAAGAUAGAACAGAGAUGGAAAAGAAGAGGCUAAAAUGGAAGGUAGAAGGCUCGCAGAAUGCAGAAUCCAUUCGUAGAGGUGCGCCUGUUGAUCCUUCAAGGUUAGUCGUGGAGCUCGGACCCAUGGAAAUCCGUACCUUUGUUAUUAGCUUUGAUUACAUAAUGCUUCAAGUGGAUGGACCGUAAUAUGUUCGUAAACAUCCGACUUGUAUGUUUAUUUUCCAAGUCCCUUCGAGCCUUUAAUAAAAGUUUUAACCUUUUUUAUGGGGGUCCUGAUAAAA